AUGCCGCGCGCAAAGCCAAAGGGAGCGUCAAAGUCCAGGGCCGCCCUGGGCCCGGGCUCGUUUGGACGAGAUGCCACCAUCGACGACAUUCCCCAGGAUAGCCUCGAUGCCUUCGAGGCCGGCAGGGACAGCAUCCUCCUCGACGGCGACCAGGCGCGUAGAGACGCAGAAGACGACAUGGACGAGCUCGGCGGCGACUACGAUCGAGAGGUCCUCGGCGUCGACGAUGCCGGGCAGCACACCGACUCCUCUGCCGAUGAGGAGAACGACGGCUACGAGGACGAGGACGGCGAUGAGGACGAGGGCCAAACUUCCCGGCCGGUGCCAAAGAAGCCUGCGGCUCCCGUCGUCUCGGAUGUCGACUCGGACGACUACGCUGACGACGACGGCGAUGAAGACGACGAGGACGACCUGCACAUCAACGACAAGGGAUGGGGUCCCAACAAGAGGGCCUACUACAACACCAACAACCUCGACGACAUCGAGUCCGACUCGGAGAUGGACGAGGAGGAGGCUCGCGAGCUCGAGCUCAAGGAGGUCAAGCGACUGCAGCGCAAGAGUAGGAGCACAAUGGAAGACGCCGAUUUUGGCCUCGGCGACGACGACGUCGACGGCAGCCUCGGAAAGGCCCUCCGCGAUGCUGGUCGCGAGCAGCGUCGCCGCGAGUUUGAUGCAGCCGACGCAACCGCAACGCCGGCGGCGGCAGCGGCAGCGGCAGCCACCGCGACGACGGCCACCGUCACUACCGAUGCCACCUCGGCAGCCAAGACGCCGAUCCCCGCUGACGCCGAAUCCCGUCAGGCGCUGCUGGCCAAGCUCCAGAGGAUCAGCCCGGAGACGGUCGCACUGGCCGGCGAGUAUGCCGACUCGGUCGAAGACUUUGCCAGGGUCGAUGCCAGCCUCAAGAAGCUCGUGGCCGAGAAGCCCGACGACUCGCGCCUUGAGCUGGUCCACCUGCACCACCAGACGCUGCUCACCUACCUCACCACCAUCACCUUCUACUUCCACCUCCGAUCGUCUGCCGAGUACGUCGCCGACCCAGGCAAGCUCGCCGCCCACCCGGUCCUCACCAGGCUCAUGAAGCUCAAGCAAGGGCUCAGCGUCAUGGAGGACCUCGGGCUGACCGCGGGCACGACGCCAUCAAACGAGGGCGAGGAUGACGGAGACGACCUCGGCUCGCUGGAAGACGACGAGCUGGCCGGACUCGUCGCUGACGAGAAGGAGAACACCGCGCCCACGGCCAACGGCAAGGGCAAGGGCAAGGGACAGGGCAAGAAGGGCACGGCGACGGAGAAGAAGCAGAAGGACAAGGCCAAGCCCGCCGCCAAGAAGCGAGGACAGGCGGAAGCAGACGAUGCCGCCGCCUCCGAGCCGCAAAAGGCCAAGAAAGGCGGGAAGAAGGCCAAAAAGGGCAAGAUUGCAGAGCCGGCACCGCUGGCGGCCGGGCUGGCCGACCUCGACGACGAGCCGGUGCCCGAAUUCAAGAUCAAGGCGAGCAAGAAGGGCAAGGGCGCCGCCGGCGCUGGCGCUGUCGCAGCAGCAGCACCGAAUCCUUUCGCCAUGUCCCAGUACGACGGCGACGCCGAGGCCUCAACCUCAUUCGGCGAACCAACGCAACUGGCCUCGUUUGAAUCGGCAGAGCGGGAUGCAAAGCGGCGCAGCCUGCAGUUCCACGCGUCGGCUGUCGAGACCAAGGGCAGCCAGCGGAGCAAAGCGGCGCGCGACCGGCUGGCGGGCGAUAUGGACAUUCCCUACCGGGACCGCGAGCGCAGCCGGAUGGCGGUCGAGGCGGCCAAGGCGGCGAGACAGCAGAGGGAGGUCCAGAAUGCCAAGGACACGUCGCUCGACGACCGAGGCUGGGGCGAGACCGACGACCGAGACUGGCGCGACGUCAUGGGCGUGGAUGCCGAUGGAGGUGGCCGUAAGCAACCCUCGAGCCAGGGUGGCGAUGGCGACGGCGACGGCGACGGCGACGGCGACGACGAUGCCGAGGACUACUACGACCUCAUCGCCAGCGGCAAGAAGUCGGCAAAGAAGGCCAAGAAGGAGGCGUACGAGGCGAUGCGCGACGAAGAGAGGUUCGUGCCCGACGAGACGCUCGAGCCGGGACAGCACCGCGGCAUCAACCGAGCCAUCGAGAAGAACAAGGGCCUGGCGCCGAAGCGCAAGAAGGUGGCGCGGAACCCGCGUGUCAAGAAGAGGGAGAAGUACGAGCAGGCCAAAAAGAAGCUGUCGUCGAGGCAGGCCGUCUUCAAGGGUGGACAGGCCAGCCUGCAGGGAGGAUAUGGAGGAGAGCAGAGCGGUAUCUCGUCGCACCUCGUCCGCUCGCGCAAGCUCGGAUAG